UCUUCUUCUUCUGGCGGCACCGGGUCUAUUGCCAGCCCAUGGCCUUCAGCUGGUUCUCCCUGUGCGAGUACGUGAUCGCCACCUGCAACAUGCUGUACCACGUGAGCGUCGCCCUCGACUUCUCCGAGGAGCACCUCAUCGUGGGCCACAUCAUCUCCUCCUCGACGGCCGCCCUCGCCUCCUCCGCCUCCUCCAACUCCCUCUCCACCGCCGCCUCCGCCUCGCACCGCCACUCGCUCUCCACCUGCGAGUCGAUGGCCACGUGCGAGGGCGGCGCCACGCCCACGUCGCCGCCCACCAGGAACGGGCGGCUAGACGAGGCGCUGGCGCCCGAGGGCCCGCUCCCGGCGGCGCCGCAGCCCCUGCCGCCGUCCGUGGGCGGCCCGCCCGCGGGAAGGCCGGGACGCGGCGAAGGCCGAGAGCCCCGCGGCGGAGGCGCCCUCGUGCGUCGCGGGCGGCGCGGGCGUGGGGGCGGCGGAGGAGGAGGCGCCGCCGGCGGUGGUGCACCAGGUCCUCAACACCAUCCACGAGGGCGCCGAGCCGCCGGCGCAGCGCGUGAACGGGCCGGCAGAGCCGCCCGCGGCCGCGCUGGUGCAGCGGAGACCCGCCCCGAGCAGCGCGAGUCAGCCCACGCCCAUACAGGGCGCCCCCGACGCCGCUGCACCCCACGCCCACAGCGAGUGAGGCGGGGACUUGGAGACUCCGCCCAUCUAUCCGGAGAGUGCAAGCGAGGGCGCCUGCACGCCGCCCAUCCCCUCGGUGGAGGCCGCCCCGCGCACGAAGGACCGGAGACGCCUCCGCGCCAGCUCCCGCAGGAGGCCCGGGCCCGGCGGCAGCGAGCGAGGGCGCGGGCGCCGCCCUCGAGCCCUCGCCGCCGGCGGCGCACGCGGGACGCCUCGGGCUCUCGGCGUGUCCCUCGGGGCCUCCCCUCGGGGUCCGGCGGAGGGCGCCUCGCCGAGGGCGGCGGCGUGGGGGGCGGCUCGGGCCCGCGGGCGUCGCCUCGGCGGGCGGCUUCGCUUCAGCCUCCGCCCGGAGCGCCGUCGUAGCUAAGCUGAGAUUGUAUAAUUCGCCGCAGGUUUCUUUGAGACGUUUGGACACAAAAGAGCAAAUGCUAUUCCGUCAGAGGAAGCAAAGCAGGUAGCAGAUUGGUCGAAGAAUAAGGUCAUUUCUUGCUUGUAGUUGGUUUAGCCUCGGAGGAAUCCUGCACUCGAAUGUAGACCUUGCAACUGAAAAUUUUCAUUGUAGUCGA